AGUCGUUUUGUGUUGCUCGACGCUGACGCUCCGGCAGCUGGUGAUGCUGAGUCGGUGUGCCAUAGCGAUUUUACUGGAUAGACGAGGUUUUGUCUAGUUGCUGCUCGGUUGUCGGUCCGCAACUCUUUGUCGUCGGCAGUUGACAUAAACGGGGAAGCGGUAUUGUGCAACAAUCGAUCCAAUACCAGUGACCGGGACAGUGCUUUCCAGUGCAAAGUUAAUUAUUGUUCUGAACAUAAAAUAGUGCAGUGAGUGAGGCAAGUGGAAGGAGAAAAAAAACAAAAGAUAAAUUAUCAUCAAAGCAAACCGAGAAGCGGCGGUUUUCGGUGAUUGAGGAAGACACAAACGAGCCAAGGAAGCGCUUCUGAUUAAAGCAAAGAUCAAAAGGUGUCUGCCGUGUGCCGUGGUGCGGUGUGGGAGUUUUCUGUUGUAUUUAGUUGUUUUGCGGUUAUUCGAGUGGAAAAAAAAAGAAAAUGAAUUGUUAUGAUAAUUGGAUCUGAAGCGCGGCGGCAGUAAUUCUGAAUCACGGCAGUAUAGACGACGACGGCGGUCUGCUCGUGAAAAACGACGAAUAACAGAAGGAAAGCGGCAUCCUGCUCGAACGGGAGAACACUCAUCACAUCAUCGCAGUAGGCCAACAAGUGGAGAAAAUUGGAUCAGAAACGUUUUGUACGUGAAGAGCACAAUACCUAUAACCCUAGUUAGUCACAGGUUUGCGUUUCGAUUUCGUCUCAUCAGUAUCUGGCGGACUGUCUUGGUCACAGUAAUCACCAUUCGCCAGUCUCAUCCCAUCAGGAAACCCGUCUAGAAAAACACUUGUUCAACUUCUAUCAUUCAGAUACCACUGAACGUUGGAGUACGACAAGACAAUCAGUUCCAGAUUCGACAUUUAAACCUCACAUCCCCUCGCGUUACCAUGCCAGCAGCUUAAUUUACCCAUCAGGACAGCAAUCACAGCGCUUGAAAAAAAAAAAAUUAAAAAAAAGAUCCCGCCCCACCCGCGAUGGACUUUCUGAAGGCGGUACAAAACGGCCACUACGAGGCGGUCCGUUCGGCGCUCGCCAAGGUCGACAUAGACUAUCAGGACGAGCGGGCGGCCAACAGUGCCCUGCACGUCGCCGUCACCGCCAAGCGCAACAAAACGAAACUGAUCGAACUGUUGAUCGCAGCCGGCGGGGAUUGUGAUUUGAAAAAUCGCGACGGGCUGACCGCCUCCGAAUUGGCACUGGAAUGCGGCUGCCGUAGUUUGGCUGAGUUUAUGGUACGAAAGGAGUUCGAGGGCUGGCCGGAUGACCGGGCCGUUUAUCGGCUGGUGCGACGAGGCUCGGUGGAACUGCUGCGGAUUUAUUUGGAAAAGCGGGCGUUCGAUAUUCACACAAAGAUGAAAUUGAUGAGAAGGGUGGUGGAUGAGCUGACCGUGAAGGGCGUUACGUUUGCGGAUCAGAUGAGGGUGUUUCUGGAGUAUCAGCUGGUGGAGUAUAGCUACCGAUAUGGGACGGUUGGGGGAGCAGGAGGAGGAUUGAGCACACGAAAGAAGGGAGUGGACUGCGAGGGUGAUCAAGAGGCUGAGAAGCGGGUGGAGUUGAUACUGAGCUAUACCAAAUACUUGAAAGAGAACUACGACGGCAAUGAUUUGAACGAUCUCGAUGACAGGUUUGUUCUGAGGCUGCGAAUGAUUUGCGAGUGUUGCUAUUUCCUGGAGGACAUUGAGAGACGACGGGAGAGGAAGCUGUACAAACACGUCCCCCUUUCGGAGAUAACCUACUUGAUCGGAAUAUUUUUAGCCAUCUUGGAGAAACUGGUCGGGUUUGAGAUUUAUAAGCUUGUUAUUAAUAAAAAUAUGAUUAUGUCGUAUUUGGAGGCAGUCUGUCGCGAGCUGCGGACGGCAACGAUGGGGGACCUGCGGAGACAGAACGGUUUUUCGUUUCAAUGGACGUCGCAGCUGUUGCUGGAUCUCAUUGCGUGCAUCCGCGAGGAGCGCCUACUACGAUACGUUGCUAGGAGGAAGCGUUUGAGCGGAGAUUUGCAACGGAUUGCUGCGAUGCGAAACGACAACGACGACGACGACGACGGUGAGCCGUUGGGAUCGGUUGACCAGGAGCUGGUAAUGAAUGAAAUCCGUCGGAAAGAAUUUCAAUCGCUGCAGGAGGGUGUACAGGCGGAAUGCGACGCCGGUAAAUGGUGUGUGGCAGAUUUUGUCAGCCUACUGCGAUGCGAACGAAAGACAAUCGUAGCGCUUUGGCACCAGCGGCAUCCUAAGCUCCGCCUCUCCAAGCGACAGGUGCAGUUUGUGAUGGGUCGAAGAGAGCUGAGCAAAAUUAAGCAGCACACCGUGCAAGAGUUGAGUAAAAAUAAGAUGAAACUUGUCGAGAAGGAAGUGAAUUCACGCGAAUUCCAAGCUUUGACCAGAACUAUUUGUCGGCGGAAUCGUGUCAUCUUUCGGCGGAUACGGAAAAUUUUCGAUCAGAUUAAGCAGAUGUACACGAUCAAAAAACUCGCCUACUACGUUGAGAAUGCUAUCGUCAUAGAUAUGGAUGAUUUGUCGAAUGAAAACAUCUGCAUUCUAGCGAUUAAAAGGGUUCUGCAUCUGCUGGACGAAUCGAUCAAAAGCUGUGACCAACAUCCGUCGUUCGUGAGAAUGCUGGAAAAUAUUCUCGAUCAUGUCAUGUCAUCGGUGAAGGUCACCAACAAAACUCACGACAUUCGAGAUUUCUACUCGCAAAAGUAUUCCCUAGCCAAGUACUUCGCAAACAAAUCGCUGGACAUGAGCCAGUAUAAACUGAUGCAGGACAGUUUACGAUCGGUGUAUCGAUUUCUGCUGUACGUGAUCAAUAUCCAGCUGAUCGAGGCGUACAAAACUUUUCUCGGGACGGCCUACCGUUUGCCGAGUUUAGCGCAGAUUAAAUCCUACGCGAAAUAUAUCGGCGAUCACAAUCUACACACCCUUAGCCACAUUCAGUUCGAGCACGUCUUCUACAAUGAGGACGAAACGGCCGGCAUCAUUCGGGAGCUGAAAAAGAUGUAUCUCGGAAUGUCCAACGAGCUAAAGCUGCUGUCCUUUAUCGAGAAGAAUAUCCACUUUCGCUUCUACCACAUGCAGUACCACCAGACGCGACUACGGGUGACGCUGAGCAAUUUCGGCGUCGUGUAUCGGGCACUGAGGGCAAAUCCCUGCUACGACAGUAUUCGGAAGUUGCUGCACUCGUACUUGAACCAGAGCUACCAGAAGUAUGACAUUUCCAAGUCGAUUUCGAUCUCCGACUCGACGCUGGCACUGAAGGAACUGCUUCGACCGUACAGCAGUGUCAGCGAGAACGAGGAAACGCUGAUGGUGGUUCGGCAUCUGGAGCAACUGCAGGAACUGAUGGAUCCCGAUCGGUUGUUCGGGAUCAAUCCGGUGCGAAGUCGAAGGAGAGUUAGUGAGGCGAGUAAGUAUCAUCACUUCACGAAGAAGAUUCUGAAGGAGAUGGAUCUGCAGUUGAAUGAGGAGGAGUUUCGACAGCUGCACGAGAAGUUGCGACGGACGUAUUAUGAGAAUAUUUUUUUGCUGCACAAUCGGUACCGGAUCAUGGGGGAGUUUUUCAAGCAGCGUGCGAUUCCGGUGGAUGGGAAAGUGUUGGCUCGGUACAAGGAACGGGACGAGGAACUGCUGCAGGAGCUGUUUGACUCUAAGGUGAACGAUGUGAUUCAGAUUCUGGAGAAGUUUGAAUGUGCUGCGGUGGAUGGCGUGAUCGAAUCGCUGGGGGAGUUGCCCCCGUUUGUGCAUAUUGCGCUGGAGUUCGCACUGCUGGAGUUGCUGGAUAUUCUUGGAUCGGUGAAUGGGUUGGGGACGCAUGUUGGGGGGAUGCUGAGGAGUAGUACACCGGUUUUAAGUGGGAGGAGUCUGAAGACUUAUUUGGAGCGGGAUUCGUUGGUGCUGGAUCUGCUGGUGUUCCGUUCGUGUGCGACGAUCUGUAAUAAUGCGCUGGUUUUCAAGAACUUUGGAUUCAAACUGUACGGAGGAGGAGGAGUGCAGCUGCAGGAAGCUCCCGCGGAGGCGGUUGAGUUUAAGGAUCGCUACAAUGAACGCUGGAAGUGGUUCGAGAUGCAGGAGAUUCUGUACGAAUCGGUGCGGAAGGGAGAUCUGAAACUGUUGAAGGAAAAUGUUGGAAAUGGGUCGGAUUUGCGAGGGAAGCGGUUCGGACCUUUGGUACUGAAGGAACUGUGCCACUACAGUCUGAUCGAUUGUGCCAUCGCUGAAGGGUUUAAGGAUAUGAUCGACAUGUUGAAUCGAGACUAUGAUGAGAUUAGUCAGCAGAGGAGACGACUGUUGGAGUACUUGCUGAGAAGAACGGUGAAAUCGCAUUUUCUAGUUGGUCAGUACUGUAAACUGAAGCCGGAGGAUCGAAAGAUGCUGGUACUGUAUUUGUCGAUGUUCUUGGGAAACGUUAACGUAUUCUUGCAAAACUUAGAACGACACCGUGCUUACGGAGAUUUGCAUCUGUUCGUCAACUCGGAAAAUCAUGAAUUCGUGGGCGAAAUGUUGCAGCAUUUGAAGGGAUUCGAUUUCAACAGGUUUGAUUCGAGCGGAAUGACUAUUCUGCAUAAGAUUGUCAACUCGGGGAACGUAAAGGCCGUACAAAGCUUGGCUCGUAUGAAAGGAGUUAAUCUGAACGCCACCAACAGUCUAAAGUACACGGCUCUGAAUCUAGCGUGUCGGUUGAAUCUACUGGAAAUCGUUAAGGUUCUCGUACAGCACCGAGCAGACGUAAAUCUGAUGAGCGAAGAUGAAAAGCUACCAGUUUUUUGGUUGAUUCAAUACAGGAACCGAAGGGAGAUAGCAUCGUUAGCAAUUGAUUCCAGUACGGAGCUGACUUCCUUCUCCAGCGAACUUUGUCUGUUGCAUAAAGCGAUUGAGUUCGACAACCUGGAUGUCGUCCAAUAUCUGAUCGAAGAGCAAAAGGUAGAUCCCAGUCGAAUCUACUCGAACUGCAACAACGUUAUCCAUGCAGCUGCUAGCUACAACCGCGUAAAAGUCCUGAGUUAUCUGCUAACGCUACCGGGUCUACGGAAGCUGGUCAAUAACACGAAUCUAGUGAAAAACACUCCACUGAACAUCGCCUGCAAGGAGGGCUAUCUACGGAUAGCUCGAAUCCUGCUUGGGCAAGGUGUCCGAACGGAUACCUGCGGAGAGUACGGUCUGAACGCUCUAGCAUUCGCCAUGUACACGAACAGCUUCAAACUGGUGAAGCUCCUGUUCCAACAUGGUGCCACCAUAAGCUACCCACUUAGUUCCGACUUCCAACCGAUCAACAUGGCGAUCAUAAACCGAAACAUCCCAAUGUUGAACUUCCUGCUGAAAAAUGGCGUCGACGUGAACAGCGCUCCGCUUUGCUUCUUCAACGCCGUCUACUCGCAAACGAAGGAAUUCGUACCGAUCCUAGUAGGCGCCGGAUCAAAGCACAUCAACUACAAAGACGAGUUCUAUCAAACCGCUUUCCACAUGUGCGUGGAGCGGGACGAAUACGAAACCGGUCAGGAGUUGAUCAGAGCCGGAGCGGAUAUCAAUGCCAGGAAUCGGUCGGGAAUGACUCCACUUCAUUUGGCCGUAGUGAAGGGUAACGUUCGUUUCGUUCAGCUUCUGCUGGACAACCGUUGCCAGGUGGACGCCCUGAAUUAUCACGGUGAAACCGCCCUCAUCAAAUCGGUCGUGUGCAAUAAUCUAGACAUAGUGAAAAUCUUGCUCAACAACGGGGCCAGCGUGGAACGGCUGCGGAACAGUGAACCCUCGGUUCUGCUCUAUCUCGUCCAGGAGAACUACGAGGAUAUACUGGACUAUCUACUCGAGUAUUACCAGUUCAAUCCGAACGAGCAGGACGCGUACGGCAACUCGCUGGUGUACGUCGCAACGCAGCACAAUCAUAUCAACAUCGUGAAGCUGCUGGUCGACAAAUACCACGCCCGUACGCGAACGGUCAACAAUAAGAAACUGACGCCGCUGAUGAUUGCCCGGGUCAAGGAGUACCGGGAGAUUUUCAGCUUCCUGGAGGCGCACAAUAGUGUCACCGCAGCGGAAGAGUAAACCAUUGACGUGCAGUGCGACACGUAUGAAAAAGCACAGCCUGCUGCGAUUGACGCCUUUGUAAGGUUCUAUAUCUGACGUGAGCGGAACGACGGAACUCACCACAUACAUCAACCCGCGUAGAAAAAUUGUUUUUAUCUAGGUGUUUAGAACUCUAUUUAUUUAAACUUGUUUUUGUGCAAAUUAUUUAUUUAUUAUCAAACAAAACACACAAUUUUAUGUGCCAUAUUUUUAAGAGAUUCGUUUUUUUUUGUUGGUUUAAUCUUUACCCUCCUCGUGAAUCGCCAUUGGAGAAUUCAGUGUCCUCUGAUUGUAACGAUUUCGAUCAUCAUAGAUGAUUCGGUGCAGCUUUUCAACCGGGAUUCCACGAUGUCAGUACAGGGUAGCCCGACUGAAAAGUUGAAUCCACUCGCUUAGAAACCCAUAGUCCGUAAGAUAUGCAUAAAAUACUGAAAGCCUAGUUGUGAUUUGGUGUGACAUUUUGUACAAUUAGUUCGAAAAUACUCACCGUCUUUUUCCGAAGUACAUAAUAUGUAGUAAACAAGAUGAAAAAUAGUAGAAUUGUAAAUAGUAAACAAGUGAAAGAGCAAAGUGAAAUGGGGGAAAAAACCGUGAAUAGAUUUGUCUUAGACACAUUCCAGCAAGCAAACAGUUCAAACUAGCUCUUCCUUGUAUUGUUCAUAGGUUUCUUUUUUCCGUUCCGUGUCAAAUUUGUGAAAGAGAAAAAUAAAUCCAAUUGAGAAGGAAAGUUUCUACAAAAGCAUGAAGCAUUUUUAAAUAUCAUAAACAAUAAAAACUUCAACGCUUUAGAUAGCUGCAGAAAAAAAUGUAACGCAGCAGAAGUAGCAUAGUUGAAGUUCCAUUUCAAGUUCUUUGUACAAAAAUUUCCACCCCAUUCUACGAAAAAAAAACAAUGCAAGUUGCCAGCCCCGUCAUCAAACCCUUAAAAGGUGGAGGAUCAUGUGCCAAUAUAGAAUUACACAGCAAAAUAUUAAUCACCGUGAUUGAAGCUUGUUUUAAUUUUAAUUUUAUUUUUGAUUCUCAACAGUGAUUUCAGUUAAUAGUUCUAGUGCCAAACCCCACGCCCGAUCUAGUUUUUUUUUCUGUUUUUGAAUUAAAUUCACGUGCCGUUUAAGUUUCACAAGCGCGAAACCAACAACCCCAUAAAAUCAUGUGUGCUAUAAUCACUACUGUAUAAGCGAACCAUAAUAUAUUUCACGAUCGUGGCCGAAAGAGCAGGAUGAGAUAAUACUAGUUUGUUACGUUCAAAUCUUAUGUACCUUUUAUAGUUUUAGAUCACUAAUACUUGUAUAACUGUACCAUGCAAAAAGUAAACAACAAAAAAAAAGAUACAAACUUUUAGUAAGCAAGAGAUUUUUUUCUCCAUUCAAAUUUUAAGCAGCAGCAGCAAACGCAAUAAGCAAUUUUUAGAAUCAUCGCGAAAUAUCACAGUAACUACCCACUGAGAAGAAAAAAACCCGACACACACACAGUUUCACGAAAUCAAACAUGAAUAAAUUAAUGUAAUUAAAGCAAAAACAAAAUCAUCGAUGUACGAUAGUCCCAAGUCAGAUGAGCCGAAAAAUUUAAGCAUCAAUUCUAGACGUACUUUGUCGUGUCCACCAGCGGUUCAAAUAAACUGUAUUUUUUGCGGAAAAUUA